AUGAAGUUCACCCUGAGCCUGGGGUCGCGGGCGUGGAGAGUGUCCUGGGAGGGGGCGGCGGCGACCGGCCCAGGGGCCAGCAACCGCGCGCUCGGCGGCGGCACCCGGCGCGUCUCCAGUCCGCCGCCGGGCCGCCGCGGCUCUCAGCUCUCCGGCGCCCUCCCUCUAUGCCUCUCCCGCGGCGGCGGCGCCCGAACUCUCCCGGACUGCGCCGGGCCCAUCCCCGGCUGCCCCGGCGCCAGGCAGCUGGCUGGCCCGCACGCCAUGGAGCAGACAUACGGCGAGGUGAACCAGCUGGGCGGCGUGUUUGUCAACGGCCGCCCCCUGCCCAAUGCUAUCCGCUUGCGCAUUGUGGAGCUGGCGCAGUUGGGCAUCAGACCCUGUGACAUCAGCCGGCAGCUGCGCGUAUCCCACGGCUGCGUGAGCAAGAUCCUGGCGCGCUACAAUGAGACGGGCUCCAUCCUGCCCGGGGCCAUCGGGGGCAGCAAACCCCGCGUCACCACCCCCAACGUAGUCAAGCACAUCAGGGACUACAAGCAGGGUGACCCCGGCAUCUUUGCCUGGGAGAUCCGCGACCGGCUGCUGGCCGACGGCGUCUGCGACAAGUACAACGUGCCCUCGGUGAGCUCCAUCAGCCGCAUCCUGCGCAACAAGAUCGGCAGCCUGGCGCAGCCCGGGCCCUACGAGGCGAGCAAGCAGCCGCCACCGCAGCCGGCGCUGCCCUACAACCACAUCUACCAGUACCCCUACCCCAGCCCAGUGUCGCCCACGGGCGCCAAGAUGGGCAGCCACCCUGGGGUCCCAGGCUCGGCGGGCCACGUCAGCAUUCCCCGCUCAUGGCCCUCGGCUCACUCGGUCAGCAACAUCCUGGGCAUCCGGACGUUUAUGGAGCAAACAGGGGCCCUGGCCGGGAGCGAAGGCGCGGCCUACUCUCCUAAGAUGGAAGACUGGGCCGGCGUGAAUCGCACGGCCUUUCCGGCCACCCAAGCAGUGAAUGGGCUCGAGAAACCUGCCUUGGAGGCGGAUAUUAAAUAUCCUCAGUCGGCCUCGGGCCUCUCGGCGGUGGGCGGCUUCCUCCCGGCCUGCGCCUACCCGGCCUCCAACCAGCCAGGCGUGUACAGUGCGCCUGGCGGCGGCUACCUGGCCUCGGGUCCGCCGUGGUCGCCGGCACAGGGCCCCGCGUUGGCAGCCCCCGGGGUCAGCGUGGCGGUGCAUGGCGGGGAGCUCGCUGCAGCUAUGACCUUCAAGCAUCCCAGCCGAGAAGGGGCCGAUCGGAAGCCGCCCAGCCCGGGGCGCAAAGCCUCGGACGCCCUCAGCAGCUUGCACAGCUUGCCCAGCCCGGCCUCGACUUCCUAG